AUGGACCAUCUCCGCAACGCGAUGGACGAGCCCGACGCCUCGCAGACGCAGAUGCCCGACGACUCGCCGACGCAGAUGCCGGACGCCUCGCAGACGCAGAUGCCCGAGGAAGCGCCGUCGCUCGUCAUGAUGCUGCAGAUGCCACUCGACAUGUCGGAGCGGGUCAGCGUCCAUGGCAACGACGAGGCGAACCACGACGACGAUGUCGACGACGAUGGCCGCGUCGCGUUCCCGCGCGAGCUGGCCGCGCCGGCCUUUGAUGCGAUCGAGGGCGAGAGUCCGGUGCUCCUCGACGGCGUGCUGCCCGAGGCGCCGCCGGGCCCCGACUUUGAGUUUGCGCACGUGCUGCACACGAACGACAUGGUCGACUACUCGUCGAGCAGCCACAUUCGUCGGCGCGGCGUCAAGGCCCGCGUCGUGCCCGUCGCGCGGUACUUCCCGCUCGUGCCGCCGCCUACGUACCAGCCGCCGGGCAACGCGACCAAGUCGAUCCACCAGCAGGUCGCGCUGCGUCUCGCCUUUCUGCGCAACAGCCGCCCGACGAAAUCCGAGCUCCUCGAGCUCAGCGCGUCGACGGGGCUUCCGUGGCUCGAGAUUGCGACGUGGUUCAAGGGCGAGCGCUGGCGCGUCCGACGCGCCGGCGGCCUCGUCUCGCUCGAAGGCGGCAAGCCGACGCCAAACGCUUGGGCGCUGGUCAUGGACGGUCUCGCGCUCGAAGCGCCGCGGACAAUCGCAAGCACGACGAAAGCGACGAUCGAGACGCGCACCAAGGAAAAGGCGGCGCUGCGCAAGCUGCUCACGCCGGCGCAGAAGGCCCUCAGCACGGCCUGGGCGAUGCAAUACGCCGACGUCGACGAUGCCAACGAGCGCGCGUUCCGCGUCGGUGCGCUCGUCGACCAUAUGGACGUGCGCCGCCGCAAGGAGUUUCGCAAGCUGCUCGUCGCCGAGCCAAGCCUCGCGCUGCGGGCCGACACCGAGUCCAAGAUCCGCAAGUCGUGCGCUGACGCCACGUGCACGCGCGAGGUCGUGGCCGCGCGCGCUGACCAGUGCUGGUCCUUUAUGGAGUCGCGCUUUGGAGCCGCCAACGACCAAGGCGAUGAAAAAUACGUCGACGAUGAUGGCAACAUCUUGCUCGAUGCGAGUCUGCUCAGCGGCAUGGAAUGCAUGUUCUUGCGGCACCGCGACUACUUUAUGGCGCUCGUCCACCGCCUAAAAGUGCACGACUUUUUCCAAGAGCUUUCCGACCGCCCACACAAGCGGGCGCGCGUCGACGGCCAACCCGAGGCCAUACCACCGAGCGAAGACGACGACAUGGCACCGCGCCAAGUCGACGACAUGCACGAAGAAGCACACAAUGAGCACGUCGACAAUCCCAACCGGGCGACCGUGUAAGAAAGGAUGGUGUGUAAGUUAAAGUAAGAUCUCAUUGUGGC